CACCUCACCUCAAUAAUACACUCACUCUCUGUAAUUAUGAACCUACAACAGUAAAGGGGAAACCCUUCUGCUCUUUCCCUUCCUCCGCUGCCAAGUUCUGCUCUUCGGUCUCCACUGACACACAGAGAAAAAGAACUCGCCCAUCCCACUCUUCUUCCAAUGGAUGCUGCUUCCCACAAACCCCGCUUGGCUUCCCUGAUUGCAUCCACCGACGAUGAACAACCACCACUACAAGACACAGGAAACAGUAGCCGUGGCGGCGGCGACCCUUCUUCCGGCGAGGAAGAGGAAGAAGAAGAAACAGAGCAGGAGAAAAGCUGCAGCAGUGACUCUGGCGAUGAGAUAGUGAAGGCUAGUAGGAGGAGAGGAGAUUCAUCGUCGUGCUCGGAGGAUGUGGAUCUGGAGCUUGGACUAGGCCAGAAUGCGGAGAUUGAUGAUGAUGAGGAAGAAGGGAAGCAGCUGCAUUUGGGUAAUAAUGUGGAGGAGAGGGAUUGCAGGAUUUGUCAUCUGAGCUUGGAUACAGGGAAUGAGGACUCUGGCUUCCCCAUUGAUCUGGGUUGCUCUUGUAAAGACGAUUUGGCUGCUGCCCACAAGCAUUGCGCUGAGGCUUGGUUCAAGAUCAAGGGUAACAAAACCUGCGAGAUAUGUGGAUCGGUGGCGCGGAACGUGGCCGGAGCGACGGAGGCGGAGACUGUUGUGGAGCAAUGGAAUGAGGGAAGUGAUGAGUUGGCGGUGGCAUCGUCAGCAGCAGCAGCAGGGCAGCCGGCUGCGGAGGGCAGCAACGCAGGUCGACAUUUCUGGCAGGGACAUCGGUUCCUCAACUUCCUGCUGGCUUGUAUGGUAUUUGCAUUUGUGAUUUCUUGGCUCUUCCACUUCAAUGUCCCUUCGUAAUUUGGAAAAUGUAAACCUAUAAAAUCAUCCCCACCUCAAGAAAAGGAAAAGGGUUGCCCUGACCUUAAUGGUUCAAGGCUAUGAUAAGUUGUGUAAGGAUUUGUGUAUUGAUCCACAGUUCUAUGGGUUUCAUUAAUCUUGGUGUGCCUGGAGAAAGUGCCUAAGUGGGUAAUCUUUAUAAAACAUCUGAUAAUAUCCUCCAAUUUCUUCUUUUUGUAGAAAAUGGAAAAGCAUCUCAGCCUUUGCAUUAAUAACUCUUGGUGGUUUGACCUUGAUUUGAUCAAACUACUAGCUCGUACACAAAUAGCGGAUACUAGAACUCCGAGCAAAUGUCUGUACACAUGUUCCAUCCGAACAAGCCAAUGUCCAGUUAAUAAACGUGAUCGAUCUCUUAACACGAACACAAAGUGUGGAUGGUUUGGUUUAGGGAUGAGGUGAAUGGUUGUUUGAGAG